AUGCCGUUCAUCAAAGUCCAGAAUAAGACACUGUUCUACGCCCAAGUGGACGCUGAAACAGCCUCAAAAGAUGACCCAGUACUGGUAUUCAUCCAUGGCCUUGGGUCGUCUCAUUCGUUUUAUAUACCUGCCAUGAACCAGCUUGCGACUGCAGGGUACUCAUCAAUUGCGCUGGAUGUCUAUGGCAGCGGUCUUUCCGCCUUGUCAGAAGCGGUAGAAGAUCCUACAUUUGACACAAUCGCGAGUGAUGUCAAGGCUUUACUGGAAGGACUAAGUAUUCGACUCGAAAAUGCCGUCGCUGUUGGACAUUCCAUGGGCGGUAUCAUUGUACCAAAGCUCGCCCUGAAGUGCAACCUUCGCGGGUCAGUGCUUAUUGGCCCUGUGCUGCCAAAACCUGCGAUGGCCGAGAUUUUCAAUACGCGCAUAGAGACAGUCAAGAAAGGCAAGUCAAUUUGA